AAAGUAUUUUUAUUAUUAUUAUUAAAAUAUAAUCAAUUUCUUUAUUUCAUGUAUGUGAGUACAGUCACUGUCUUCAGACACACCAGACGAGGACACCGGAUCCCAUUACAGGUGGUUGUGAGCCACCAUGUGGUUGCUGGGAUUUGAACUCAGGACCUCUGAAAGAGCAGUCAGUAUUCAUAACUGCUGAGCCAUCUCUCCAGCCCCCAAGAUUUUAUUUUUUUUAAAGCUCACAGUUAAGGGCAUACAGUCCAUCAUGGUGGGAACCCCAGCCCCUGCCCAUAGGGGCUCUACCACUGAGCUAUCGUGUGUGUGUGUGUGUGUGUGUGUGUGUGUGUGUGUGUCUCUGUGUGUGUGUGUCUCUGUGUGUGUGUGUCUCUGUGUGUGUCUGUGUGUGCGCCCGUGUGACUGCAUGUGUGUGGGUGUGUCUAUGUCUGUGGGUGUGUCUGUGUGUGUCUCUGUGUGUGAGAGAAACAUGGACAGGAUUAUCACUGUAUAGCCUGGCUGAUCUGGAAAGGGCUAUGUAGUCCAGGCUGGCCUUAAAUUGUCAUAGAUCCUUCUGCUUCUGGGUACUGGGAUUAAAGGCCUAUGGCACCUUCCCUCCCUUUAGAAACAUGGUGGUUUAGGUCUUUCCUUAAACACCCCCGGCCCCAUCUUUGGACUUUUUUCCUCUUUUUAUUUUGUUUUAAAGCAUUCAACAGCUUCUCAAGCUGGGAUGCAUGGCAAGAGAAUCAGUAGUUCAAGGCUAAUCUCAACUAUAUGAGGAAUUGGACACAUGCAUCCCUGCCAAAAUCAAGCCUCUGUUCAUUUACUAAGAGUUGUCUGUGAAUGCGUCUUGUCGGAGAGGUUCUGGCAGCCCAUGGGUGGAUGGGAAUCUCUGCUGCCAGCUGGGACUUGGGGAAUGUAAAUAAUUUGAAUGUUCCAAGUACAGGUAGGCCAGUGAAAGCUAAAGUCAGGGGAUGGGUAAUAAAGAACGGAGGAAAAACACAAAAUGAGGCCACAGCAGACUCACGUGGGUCAAAUGGGUGUGGAACCUGCAGCUUUUGCAUGCUCCAGAGAAAGGGUAAGAAGAGAUCCAGCUCGCUACGUAGGCUUUCCUUAAUGCUACAGAGAAAGGGCAAGAAGAGAUCCAGCUCGCUACGUAGGCUUUCCUUAAUGCUCCGGAAAGGUUUAUGUGGGAAAUCAAUUUGCUUUUGUUUUUUCUUAUUUAAAGGCACUUUCAACUUUGCUGAGUUUGCAAGUGCUCCAGACCGCCCUUGUGGGAUCUGGUCUUGCACCUUAUUAGUCCGGCUGGGCGACACUGCUCUCUUCUGCUCAAACUCUGUAAUGACCCUGUAAGCCCCACAGUGUGACCACAAAAGAUAGGAUCAAUGAACACACAUAAACACAUGUGUAACCAUUGUGUCACAGUUUAGCAGACCAUGGACAAUUUAUCAAAAAAAGCCCAUAAAUAUUAAUAGUGAUCAUCUCUGCCCAUUGUCUAACAGGAAUCCUUGUUCUAUAGAUUACCAGUAGAUGGCUUUUAGAAUUCAGAAAAAUGAACUAAGUCCUUGGGCAUGCUGUGUAUGUCAUGCCUGUAGCUCCGACACUUAAGAAGUGGAGGCCGGGGUAUUAAAAAUCCAAGACCAUCUUCAGCUAUGUAACUAGUUCAUAUCAACCUCAAGAUCACCCUGCUUAAAAAACAAAAACAAAGCCAACACAAAUCAAAAAGCACAUUUGUUUUUGAAAAACAAUACAAAGCCAUUUGAGUUUUUAAUGAGUAUAGCUAACCAGCUUACUAAUUAGCUGGCUGUGUAUUAAUAAAUAGCAUUUAAUCAAAAUGUAAAGAAGCCAAUCUGAAGACUGUGGAUCCAGCUCAGUGGAACAAUAUAGUGGCAGGGGUGUGGAAUGGGAUAGCAUGGCUGUCUAGGACUCUGUUUCUGUGUAGCCCUGGAUGUCCUGGAGCUCACCCUGUAAACCAGGCUGGCCUUGAACUCGAGAGAUCCCCCUGCCUCUGCCUAGUGCUAUGAUUAAAGGUUUGAGCCAACACUGCCUGGCUUCUUUCUCUUUUGGGAGAAGGGAAAACUUUACUUUCCAUCUUGCCCACCCAUAAAUCCUGCACUCAGGAGCCUCAGGGUGUGUGGUGGGGGUGGGAGAGGUGGGGAUUGGGGAAAGAAGGGUUGGGGGAGAGGGAUAGAGAGAGGGACAGGAACUCAGUAGGUAGAUGAGGCUGGCCUAGAACUCUCAGAGAUCCCACCUGCCUCUGCCUCCCAAAUUCUGGGAUUAAAGGCAAGCACCACCACACCUAGCAAUUUAAAAUGACGUUUAUGUGUGUAUGAACACAUGUGUAUGCCACUGUACUUUAAUGGAAGUCAGAGGACAGCUUGUGUGAACUGGUUCUCUCCUUCUACCCGGUGGGUCCCCAGGAUAAAAUUCAGGUCAACAGGAUUGGUGACCCAAUUUACUCACUGAGGCAUCUCACUAGCCCCAAGGAAAGACUUUGUUCUUGGGCAACUUCCUCCAUGGAUGUGAUGCUUUUGUGAAACCUCACCCCCAUCCCUACCCCUACCCCUCCCCUUUCUUAUGUCCCUCCCAUCUGGUCUCUACCAAUCCCUCCUUCUCUUAUCUCUACCAGUGCCUUUUCCAGGUCCAUGACUUGGUUUUGGGACAGUUCAGCUUAACCACUUAAGUUAUAUGAGCACUGGAUUGGAAGUCUCCACUGAUGUCUGGUGGGGUCAUCAGUAGAUACAUACUGAGGCAAUGACUCCCCGUCUCCCUAACUGCCUAACAGUUUAGCAGGGAGAGACAGACAGACAGACAGACAGACAGACAGACAGACACACACACACACACACACACACACACACACACACACACACACCUCCCCCUCCCAAGUCGGCCCUUCAUCCUCGCCACCACUUGGCCCUGCUCGCCUAGCUGUUCUUUUGCAAAUCUAGUGCAGGUACCCACAGCAGCUGUGACUUGUGAUUUUAGUGGCUGCAUCUUGCGUGAAGGAUGGCAUUUCGCAGCCCUGGUCUAGGAUAUUUUUGGUUGCUUUUACUUUAUGCUGUCCUUAUGUCCCCUUUGGUUCAAUAUUUAGGUAAUGUAGCCAGAAUGUGACGGGGCGAUGAUGGAACCUUCUCAGGAACCUGGGCACAGUGACGUUUGUCCCUUACAGGUUGUAGAGCCUCCCCCUUCCCCCACUUCCUCGCUGUAAUUUGUUGUUUUCUUCUGGUUUCUCAGCUUACAAACACAUUCUGAUUUAGCACUGUAAAUACUUCUUGUCAUAGCCAGUUGUCCCCUUGUUUCAAAAUGAUGGCCAGGUGGUCUUUGAAGUCCCUACCAGUGGGAUAAGGUGUCUGUGUUCUUUUGUUUGGUUUCAAUAUUACUGCAAGCAUGAAUAAACCCCAUUUUUCACACGUACAGUAAUUUUACUGUCCAGAUGGGGAAGGUGAUGUGUCCCAACACUUGUCUUGUGGCACUUACAGGUUUCAUAUACUACAAGAACCUAAUGGGGAGUAGUGGGUGUUAGUGCUUUGAAAGUACGUAGAGUCAAAAAGACAAACUUUAUGCUUCUCCAUUCACACCUGACUCAAGGCCCACCAAGCCAGCCUUCAGUUAUCCCGAAGUACCACACACUUAUAAUUAUAUAACCAUAUAUUAGUUUUAUUAUAUAGUAUAGUUUUAUAUAUAAUAUACAUCAUAUUAUAUAUAAUAUAUAUUAUUUAUACACACAUAUAUAUGUAUAUAUAUUGUAUAUACAUACAUAUAUAUAUAAUACAUAUAUUAUAUAUAUGUAGAGAGAGAGAGAAUGUGUUUGGGUUCAUAGAAAAGUUAGCUAUGAUUCAAAGGUUUCCGUGGGUAUCCGUUGAGGUAUUCAAGGUAUCCGUUGAGGUCUUUACUGUCAAAAUCCUUUCCCAAAAUGGUGCCUUUGUUGUGGAAAUAUGAAAGAAGCCUCAGUGCACAGCAAUAGUCAGAGCGUGGAGCAUGUAGGGUCUGCCCCAGUGGUGUACACUUUAUGGAUUUUAACAAAUGUCAACUUUAAAUGUAGUUACCAGGCAGUAUAGUAUUCCUACCUAACACCCCUAAUUACCUAUUCAUUCUUACUUCUCCAAUCCUGUCAACCCAUAAUCUCUUUACCCAGCCACCUACUGAAUUCCAUACUGGCUACCCCCAAUUUUGAUCAGUUAUGAAGCUGAAAUCAGUGCCCAAGUACCAAGUGUGUGUGCGCAUGCACACACACACACACACACACGCGCGCGCAUGAGAGUGUGUGAGAUUCUUUGUGAGAGUCAAGAAUCAUGAUUGCAGUCUCACAGGAUAAAAAAUGUUUCAUAUUGUAAUAAACUGCCAAGUUGUUCCCCCAAGUCGCUGUAGGGGCCUUCUCCUUAUGUGCCCAUUUUUGAAGUUCCUGUGUCUUCUGAACCAGUUGAAGGUUCUGCCUUCAAGCUCUUAGACUGUAUAUGGCUAUAGGAAAGAAUUUGGCCCUGGAACAUACAACACUGCAGUUGGGUUUUUAUCAAUUUAAAGUGCUUACACCCAAGCCAAACCCACACAGAGAUGUGUCCUGAGAGCCUGUGGCCAUUACUUUGAGGGUUAACUAGGUAGUCAGAUAUAGGUGGUACACCGAGUGGGGACUGCUAGAAAGCCUUCAUCUAUUCCUGAACUAGAUCUAGGGGGUGAGGUCCCCACACGUGAUCCUAGAUCCUUCUGGGCGUGGGGGAGGGGCUUGCCUUGGUUACCUGGUCGACAGUGCCCGGCCUCUGUGACGUAUGCAGUCGUACCCAAGGGUACCCCUCUCCAACCGGGUGGCUGGCGCCUGCCCCGCGGCCCGUUGGUGCCCCGCGAUGGGGCAGCCGGGAACGGCUGGCCAGGCCUCGCGGGCCGCUGUCCCGGGCCACCAGCCACCAUGCCCUGGUGGAGUAACUUAUGCUUUGGACAGCGAGAGUCAGAAGAUGUGAGAGAAAAAGACCGAGUUGAAGAAAUGGCGGCCAACUCCACAGCUGUUGAAGAUAUCACAAAGGAUGGGCAGGAGGAGACAUCAGAAAUAAUUGAACAGAUCCCUGCUUCAGAAAGCAAUGUGGAAGAAAUGGUACAGCCUGCUGAGUCCCAGGCUAAUGAUGUUGGCUUCAAGAAAGUAUUUAAAUUUGUUGGUUUUAAAUUCACGGUGAAGAAGGAUAAAAAUGAAAAGUCAGAUACUGUCCAACUACUCACUGUCAAGAAGGAUGAAGGCGAAGGGGCAGAAGCCUCUGUCGGAGCUGGAGACCACCAGGAGCCCAGUGUGGAGACUGCCGUCGGAGAGUCAGCAUCCAAAGAAAGUGAGCUGAAGCAAUCCACAGAGAAGCAAGAAGGCACCCUGAAGCAAGAACAGAGCAGCACAGAAAUCCCCCUUCAAGCCGAAUCUGAUCAAGCGGCUGAGGAAGAAGCCAAAGAUGAAGGAGAAGAAAAACAAGAGAAAGAGCCCACCAAGUCCCCAGAAUCCCCGAGCAGCCCAGUCAGCAGUGAGACAACAUCUUCCUUCAAGAAGUUCUUCACUCACGGUUGGGCCGGCUGGCGCAAGAAGACCAGCUUCAAGAAAUCAAAAGAGGAUGAUCUGGAAACUGCCGAGAAGAGAAAGGAGCAAGAGGCAGAAAAAGUAGACGAGGAAGAAAAGGAAAAGACAGAGCCAGCCUCGGAGGAGCAGGAGCCGGCAGAAGACACAGACCAGGCCAGGUUGUCAGCAGACUACGAGAAGGUGGAGCUGCCUUUGGAAGACCAGGUUGGUGACCUGGAGGCAUCGUCAGAGGAGAAGUGUGCUCCUUUGGCAACGGAAGUGUUUGAUGAGAAGAUGGAAGCCCACCAAGAAGUUGUUGCAGAGGUCCACGUGAGCACCGUGGAGAAGACAGAGGAGGAGCAGGGAGGAGGAGGAGAGGCUGAAGGGGGCGUGGUGGUAGAAGGAACAGGAGAAUCCUUGCCCCCUGAGAAACUGGCUGAGCCCCAGGAGGUCCCCCAGGAAGCUGAGCCUGCUGAGGAGCUGAUGAAGAGCAGAGAGAUGUGUGUCUCUGGAGGAGACCACACUCAACUGACAGACCUAAGUCCUGAAGAGAAGACGCUGCCCAAACACCCAGAAGGCAUUGUCAGUGAGGUGGAGAUGCUGUCCUCUCAGGAAAGAAUCAAGGUACAGGGAAGUCCCUUGAAGAAACUCUUCAGUAGCUCAGGCUUAAAGAAGCUGUCUGGGAAGAAGCAGAAGGGGAAACGAGGAGGUGGGGGAGACGAAGAGCCUGGAGAAUACCAACACAUUCACACCGAAUCCCCAGAGAGUGCUGAUGAGCAGAAGGGAGAGAGCUCUGCGUCGUCCCCCGAGGAGCCUGAGGAGACCACGUGUCUGGAGAAAGGGCCGCUGGAAGCACCCCAGGAUGGGGAAGCUGAGGAAGGAACUACUUCCGAUGGAGAGAAGAAGAGGGAAGGGAUCACUCCCUGGGCAUCCUUCAAAAAGAUGGUGACACCCAAGAAACGGGUCCGAAGACCUUCUGAGAGUGACAAGGAGGAAGAGCUGGAGAAGGUCAAGAGCGCCACCUUGUCCUCCACUGAUAGCACAGUGUCAGAAAUGCAAGAUGAAGUCAAAACUGUUGGUGAGGAACAAAAGCCAGAGGAACCAAAGCGUAGGGUGGAUACUUCAGUGUCUUGGGAAGCACUGAUUUGUGUCGGAUCAUCCAAGAAGAGAGCAAGGAAGGCAUCCUCUUCAGAUGAUGAAGGAGGGCCAAGGACACUGGGAGGGGACAGUCACAGAGCAGAGGAGGCCAGCAAAGACAAAGAAGCCGGAACAGACGCUGUUCCUGCCAGCACCCAGGAGCAGGACCAAGCGCAAGGAAGUUCCUCACCCGAGCCAGCGGGAAGCCCUUCCGAAGGGGAAGGUGUCUCCACUUGGGAGUCAUUUAAAAGAUUAGUCACUCCAAGAAAAAAAUCCAAGUCAAAACUGGAAGAGAAAGCCGAAGACUCUAGUGUAGAGCAGUUGUCCACUGAGAUCGAACCGAGUAGAGAAGAAUCUUGGGUUUCCAUUAAGAAAUUCAUCCCCGGACGGCGGAAGAAAAGGGCAGAUGGGAAGCAAGAACAAGCCACUGUGGAAGACUCAGGGCCAGUGGAGAUAAAUGAGGACGACCCUGAUGUCCCAGCCGUCGUGCCUCUGUCUGAGUAUGAUGCAGUGGAGAGGGAGAAGAUGGAAGCCCAGGGGAAUGCGGAGCUGCCCCAGCUGCUGGGGGCUGUGUACGUGUCCGAGGAGCUCAGUAAGACUCUGGUCCACACUGUGAGUGUCGCAGUCAUUGAUGGGACCAGGGCAGUCACCAGUGUCGAAGAGCGGUCUCCUUCGUGGAUAUCCGCUUCCGUAACAGAACCUCUUGAACACACAGCGGGAGAAGCCAUGCCACCUGUUGAAGAGGUCACUGAAAAAGACAUCAUUGCAGAAGAAACUCCUGUGCUCACCCAGACGUUACCAGAGGGUAAAGAUGCCCAUGACGACAUGGUCACCAGUGAAGUGGAUUUCACCUCAGAAGCUGUGACAGCCACAGAGACCUCAGAGGCUCUCCGUACUGAAGAAGUUACCGAAGCAUCGGGGGCCGAAGAGACCACAGACAUGGUGUCCGCAGUUUCCCAGCUGACUGACUCCCCAGACACCACAGAGGAAGCCACCCCAGUUCAGGAGGUAGAGGGUGGUGUGCUAGAUACAGAAGAAGAGGAGCGCCAGACGCAGGCCAUCCUCCAAGCCGUUGCAGACAAGGUGAAAGAGGAGUCCCAGGUGCCUGCAACCCAGACUGUGCAGAGAACGGGGUCAAAAGCACUGGAGAAGGUUGAGGAGGUAGAGGAGGACUCCGAAGUGCUGGCUUCGGAGAAAGAGAAGGACGUUAUGCCGAAAGGACCCGUGCAGGAAGCUGGAGCUGAGCAUCUUGCACAGGGCUCUGAGACUGGACAGGCUACUCCAGAGAGCCUUGAAGUUCCUGAAGUCACAGCAGAUGUAGACCAUGUCGCCACGUGCCAGGUUAUCAAGCUCCAGCAGCUGAUGGAACAGGCCGUGGCCCCUGAGUCAUCCGAAACCUUGACAGACAGUGAGACAAAUGGAAGCACUCCCUUAGCAGAUUCAGACACUGCAGAUGGGACACAGCAAGAUGAAACCAUUGACAGCCAGGACAGUAAAGCCACUGCAGCUGUCAGGCAGUCACAGGUCACAGAAGAAGAGGCGGCUACUGCUCAGAAAGAGGAGCCUUCGACACUACCUAAUAAUGUUCCAGCCCAGGAAGAACAUGGGGAAGAACCAGGAAGAGAUGUUCUUGAACCUACACAGCAAGAGCUUGCUGCUGCAGCCGUGCCCGUUCUGGCAAAGACUGAGGUGGGUCAAGAGGGUGAGGUUGACUGGUUGGAUGGAGAAAAAGUCAAAGAAGAACAGGAGGUGUUUGUACACUCUGGACCCAACAGUCAAAAGGCUGCUGAUGUGACAUAUGACAGUGAAGUGAUGGGAGUGGCCGGGUGUCAGGAAAAGGAGAGUACUGAAGUGCAGAGUCUUAGCCUGGAGGAGGGAGAGAUGGAAACUGACGUUGAAAAGGAGAAAAGGGAGACAAAGCCAGAGCAAGUGAGUGAAGAAGGUGAGCAGGAAACAGCCGCUCCUGAGCAUGAAGGAACCUACGGGAAGCCAGUCCUGACACUUGACAUGCCCAGCUCAGAGAGGGGGAAGGCACUGGGAAGCCUUGGAGGAAGCCCUUCUCUCCCAGACCAAGACAAAGCAGGUUGCAUAGAGGUUCAAGUUCAAAGCCUGGACACAACAGUCACUCAAACAGCAGAAGCUGUGGAAAAGGUCAUAGAAACGGUUGUGAUUUCAGAGACAGGUGAAAGUCCAGAGUGUGUAGGUGCACACUUAUUACCAGCUGAGAAGUCCUCUGCAACGGGUGGCCACUGGACUCUUCAGCAUGCAGAGGACACGGUACCCCUGGGGCCUGAGUCUCAGGCAGAAUCCAUCCCAAUCAUAGUAACUCCUGCUCCUGAAAGCACCCUACAUCCUGACCUACAAGGAGAAAUAAGCGCAUCCCAGAGAGAGCGAUCAGAGGAAGAGGACAAGCCAGAUGCUGGUCCUGAUGCUGACGGCAAGGAGAGUACAGCAAUCGAAAAAGUCCUCAAGGCUGAACCUGAGAUCCUGGAACUUGAGAGUAAGAGCAACAAGAUUGUGCUGAACGUCAUUCAGACAGCCGUUGACCAGUUCGCACGUACAGAAACAGCCCCCGAAACUCAUGCUUAUGAUUCACAGACCCAGGUUCCUGCAAUGCAGGCUGACAGCCAGGGAGCCCAACAGAUGCUGGACAAAAAUGAAAGUUGCCAAGAUGAAACACCCAGUGCCGCAGCCCAGAGAGGACUUGCAAGUCCUGACCGUUCUGGAGGCAUGGGCUCAGCCUCGGAAAUGCUUGCCGCGCUUGCAGUUGAAAGCGCCGGUGUCAAAGUAAGCAUUGAGAAGCUGCCUCCUCAACCCAAAGAUCAAAAGGAGCAUGCUGCUGAUGGCCCUCAGCUCCAAAGCUUAGCCCAGGCAGAGGCCAGUGCCUCUGGAAACCUAACCAAAGAAUCCCCAGACACCAACGGACCAAAGCUAACCGAGGAGGGCGAUGCCCCAAAAGUUGAGGUCCAGGAAGAAGAAAUGUCUACCAAGUCAGUCAAAGAGAACAAGGCCCAGGCAGAAGAGGACCUGCAGGAGCCAAAGGGAGACCUGGCAGAAUCCUAAGAUGUUAGUUGCUCAUUGUACAUCUGUAAGACCAGAAUGUGAAAACAAGUCACAGAACAAGAUGCUGCUGUUGGGACCUUGAGACCAAGAUUUCAGAGCCCAUGAGAUCCAGAGAGCAGGGCCGUCCAAUGAUUUCCACCCAGUAGAGCACCCCGACAAUCCUGAGGCUUCAUCGGGAGCUAGAGCCAGCUAACAUUUCCUCGUUUCAAGACUGCCUUUGAUUUGCCCCUUGAUGCCGUCCGUGUAUUUCGGAUUUAAGGUCCUGCGUUCUCAACCUGGAACCAAUGUCUGCCAUACCUAGUUCCACUUCUCAAACUGGAGCAUCCUCCUUUAUGUAUUUAUAUGUAUGUUUUAUGUAGUCCUCCUCCUGUACCUAUUGUAUAUUUUUUUCUAACGUUUAAGCACAUGCUUUUUGUAUUAUGCAAUAUAUAACGGGUGUGCAGCCAUAGCGACGCUUUGAAAAGCUCCAAGCCUCAACUGUAACCUGCAGCAAACAGAUAACAUUCCUGGCAAGAAGAGACAAGUCUUUUUUAAAGUUUACUGAUGCUUAGAUCUGUGGGCUUCUAGUCCUCUGAAAGUGGUUGUUUUCCUAUGCACAGCGAGCUCAGAAAUAAAAACCCCAUUUUGAAACAUCCAGGAUGUCCCAAUAUUACCAUGAUUUUUUCCCCCCUUUUUGCUAAUCCAGUCCAGGUUGGAAAGAAGUCUCCUCUGUGUCAGAUUAAGCCCUGUCUCUUAAUGAUAUGGACAAAUGAGUGUGCCUAAGGCCAUGAGAUGUUUCCUAAUGCAGAAGGAAUCUGUUGUACGUUUUUUUGAUUGUACUCUUCUAUGCUGGACCGAAUUCAUAUGCAGAUCGAAGUGAGUCCUGUUCUUUACAGAUGGUAUUUUGAUAGAUACUGGAGUUUGUCUGUGUUAUAUCUGUGCCCCUUCUUUAAGAACAAUGUUGCAUUAUGUUCCUUUGGAUAAAUUGUGAUUUGACAACUGAUUUAAAUAAACAUAUUUGCCUCACUUA